AUGGACAAAGGAUUUACUGCUUCUUUAGAAAAUGGACAGGAAUCAACACAACAACAACAACAACAACAACUGAGACAUGUCAUUGUAGCAGCCAAGGAUGGAAGAACAGGCAAAGAUAUUCAGUUAUAUUAUACGUUUGAGAAAGUGGUCGGUAAUGGAUCCUUUGGCAUUGUUUAUCAAGCAAAGUUGAUGCCCAGUGGAGAGAAAGUAGCCAUAAAGAAAGUACUGCAAGACAGACGAUUUAAAAAUAGAGAGUUAGAAAUGAUGAGAUUAAUGCAUCAUCCAAAUGUGUGUGGGCUGAGGGCUUUCUUUUAUAAUCAAGGUGAAAAAAGAGAGGAAGUUUACUUGAAUCUGGUGCUAGAGUAUGUACCAGAGACAGUGUACCGAGUUGCCCGACACUAUGCAAAGAUCAGACAGCCUAUACCCAUCCUUCAAAUCAAGUUGUACAUGUACCAGUUAUGUCGAGCACUCGCUUAUUGUCACAGCAUUGGUAUCUGUCAUCGAGAUAUCAAGCCUCAGAACCUACUGUUAGAUCCAAUUUCUGGGAUCUUGAAACUUUGCGAUUUCGGAAGCGCCAAGAUAUUAAACUCUGGAGACUCUAAUGUGUCCUAUAUCUGCUCACGUUACUAUCGAGCACCUGAACUCAUCUUUGGAGCUGCCGAUUAUUCGGUCAAGAUCGAUAUCUGGUCAGCAGGAUGUGUCCUGGGUGAACUCUUGCUCGGUCAACCCCUCUUUCCAGGUGAAAGUGGUGUGGAUCAGUUGGUGGAGAUUAUCAAAGUGCUGGGAACGCCUUCGAGAGAGCAAAUAGAGCUGAUGAAUCCAAAUUAUACAGAUCACAAGUUCCCCUUGAUCAAGCCUCAUCCUUUGUCAAAGAUCUUUAGAUUAAGAACACCACCAGAGGCUAUUGAUCUGAUGUCAAGUAUAUUACAAUAUAAUCCAUUGGCUAGACCAUCAGCCAGUGAAAUCCUUGUUCAUCCCUUCUUUGACGAACUGAGAAAUCCUGAUACAAAGAUGCCGACGGGAAAGAGUCUUCCUCCUUUAUUCAACUUUACAAUGGAAGAGUUAUCCAUAAGACCUGAAUUCAUAAAGAAAUUAGUGCCUCCACAUUGUUAUGGUGAGUUACUUUCUAGGGGAAUUGAUGUGAGUCGAUUCGUGACAGCAUCUAUGGACACUUUGUUACAUAAAAACUCUUGUAUAUUGUAAUCAGAGAAUUGGAAAAUAUGUAAAAUUAUAUCUUGCUAUUAAAUAAAAAACAACA